CAAAGCACUGCAAAACUCAAUACAAAAACGUCGAGUCAUUUGACACAACAUUUUGUACACCAAUUGAUCCGUCGAUUACAAGACAUUAUUACCGCCGAAGAUGAUGAUGGAGACAGCCUAUGACAGCCAACCAGUGGUGGAGCCCAUCGGACACCAGUUCUCGCCAUACGCUGACAAUGGAGGUACGACUGUGGGCAUCGCGGGCGCCGACUUCGUGGUGAUGGCGUCGGACACACGACUGUCCGCCGGCUUCUCCAUCUACACCAGAGAGCAGACAAAACUCUUUCAACUGACGGAUAGGGCUGUGUUGGGGUCGACCGGCUGCUGGUGUGAUAUCUUGACGUUCCGGAAGAUACUGGAGGCCAGACUCACGAUGUACAAUCAGGACCACAACAAGACAAUGACAACGCCGGCGAUCGCGCAGUUGGUGUCCAACAUGUUAUACAAUAAGCGCUUCUUUCCGUACUAUAUCUCAAACGUGAUCUGCGGUCUGGACGAGGAGGGAAAGGGAUGUGUGUUCGCCUACGACCCGGUCGGACACUGCGAGCGCCACACCUAUCGCGUCGGCGGCUCGUCGGCCGCACUCAUUCAGCCCCUACUCGACAGUCAAGUGGGUCUCAAGAAUCAGGAGGCAGUGGUUCCCCGCGAACUGACCGUCGAUUUGGCCAAGAAGUUGGUCAAAGACGUGUUCAUAUCGGCUACAGAGCGAGAUAUCUAUUGCGGCGAUUCGGUGGACAUCCGUAUUAUCACUAAAGAUGGCAUUCAAGUGGAGAACAUGUCUUUGAGACGCGAUUAGGCCGUGAUUUGUGGCAUCAAUUCAAUGGUAAAUGUCUUUGAAUUGGUUUUUACGAUCGAAAAGAGUUUUUUGUUGCGAAGAAAAACAAUUGAUUUUCUAAUUAUUAAAGUAUUUUUUGGUUUCGACUCUAAAUUAAACAUAACUUUUUGUAUUCGUAUUGAAAGCGAG